CAGCUCCGCUCGAGGAGCUCCAUUCCCGCUUCUGCUUACACGUCACUCAAUCUUCGCAACCAUGGGUGGAGCACCGUCCGAGAACGAGAAGCCGCAGCGUACGCCGCUACCAGCGCUGAGUAUCACUGUGGACGCGUCUGUGGACAUGGAGGAGGUGCAGGGUCCGGCGACGCACGACCAUCUCGUGGCGCUCGAGAAGGAGGAACAUCACGAAGAGCAGAGCAACGCUCACUCCGCCAUGAAAAAGCUGCAAUUGGCUUGCCUCUGCUCCUUCAUCUUCAUGUGCGUGCAGUUCGCAGGCGGCUACUACGCCGACAGUCUGGCCAUCAUGACGGACGCGGCACAUUUGCUGUCGGACGUGGCGGGCUUCCUCGUGUCCCUCUUCGCCAUGUACUUGGGGCAAUUCCCAGCGUCCGCUACGAUGCCUUAUGGCUACCAUCGAGCGGAGGUGAUCGGUGCAUUGCUGAGUGUGCUGUUGAUCUGGGUACUAGCCAUUGGUCUCAUGUUCACAGCCGUGAGGAGAUUGAUCGACCAAGGACGACCUGACGCUGAGCAAACAGUGGACGGCAAGGCCAUGUUUGUAGUGGCAGUCUUUGGACUGGGUAUUAACCUGGUUCUUAUGAAGAUUCUGGGCCAUGGACACAGUCACGGGCACGGCCAUAGUCACGGACACAGCCAUAGUCACGGACACGGCCACAGUCACGGACACGGUCACGGACACUGCGAGAAGGAGAAAUCUGCAGUCGAGCAGAGUCCCAGUAUGCAAGAUGUCGUGCGUACUCCAAUGUCAGCGAUGGCGUUAAUUGACGGCGUGGAGGAGCCAACGAAUGGAGUUUCGGAAGGUUUGGCGCCCAAGUCGUCGGUAUUUGAGAACAUCAACGUCCGCGCUGCGUACAUCCAUGCACUUGGCGACUUCCUACAGAGUCUGGGAGUAUGUCUGGCUGGCGGACUCAUCUGGUACAACCCGUCGUGGCAAAUGGCAGACCCCAUUACGACUCUAUUGUUCUCGUUCUUAGUGCUCGGCACGACAAUCGGAGUGCUCACACGUAGUGUGCACAUAUUGAUGGAGGGAGCUCCGCCUGCGCUUGACUUGCGUGUUGUGGAGAAGCGCAUUCGAGCGCUCGCGUGUGUAUACGACGUCCACGAUCUGCACAUUUGGAUGCUCACAGAGGGUCACUAUGCUGCCAGUGUGCAUAUUCUGCCUAAUGGUGAGCCUCGUGCAGCACUUCGUGCGACGCAGCGUCUUCUGGCGUCGCUGGGUGUACGUCGACAAACUGUGCAAGUUGAAGACCCCACUGACCGCGACUGGAACGAGGAUCUCUACUGUAACUGGACAUCAUAUUCAAACGUGGCAGUCGAGGCGGAGAGUAAGAUGUCGGUGCCUCGUGCUGGAACUAAGAAGGCUGCAUUUGAACCUCUGCCUGGAACAACAGAUUAGAAGUUUAGUUUUAGCAGCAAUGUUAUUUAAAAAUGCAAGAUAAUCUGUACCUUGUCCAAUA